AUGGCUCAGUUUCUGACAGAUCCCGACAGAUACAGACCGACAAUUUCCGACAGUGCAUGCCGCUUGGCAAAGUUCGGAGUGACUCUGAACAUCGCUGACGGUUGCACACCCAGCACAUGCUCGGACACAGGGGAAGACAAUAGAGAGGCGAAACACUACUUGUACGGAUGCGGGUACAUGUUGGCUUCUUUUUUGCCCUACGAGAUCCAGGUGUGUGUGCAUUCUACAUCGACGAUAACGCGAGGAAACGCAAACACUCACGGGUACACAUUCGAUCAGAUCGUCCAGAUCGUUCUGACUGACACGGACAGCGACGCUGACGGCUUCAUCUCCCUCCAGGAGUUCCAGGUCGAACUUCUCGGGCAGUUCGACCUUAACAACGACGGCAUCGUGGCCUCCCACGACUUUAUCAACCUGUGGAUGGCCAAGUACGGUGACACCCACGCCGACACGAACCAUUUCUUCGCUGAACUUGAUGCCAACAGCGAUAAAGAGCUUACUGAGGCUGAUAUUCUCGCUCAGCUUUCAGAGCUCAACUUGGGCCUGUUGGACAUCCUAAACCCCAGUGCAGUGCGAAUCCCCCUUGCCGACUUCGAGAACUUCAUUAGAAUCAACCACCCCCAUGGGCACGGACAUGGUGGCCGAUAGACGUUUCAAGGUCAUUUGUUUAUGAGUUGUUGGUAACUCUUGUUGGUAAUUGUUG